GAUACGGUCUUGAUAAAAUGAUAGCCUGUCUGUCAUGCCGAGCCAUCACACAGACACACACACAGACACGCACCGCCGUGAAGAAUACUAAUCAACCUGUUUGCAGAAGCUCGGCGCACAACUUUCAUCCAUCCUGUGUCUACUCUGCAUGAUUUCCUCCAAACCUCCACCUGCUGAAUUUCAUCGGGUUUCAGUAGUCUUCUCUGUCUCUCUCUUCCCUGUCUGUGUCUCUUCAGAGCGACAGACAGCCGGAGAUAGUGAGUCUGAGCCUCUGAGGAUACAGCUCACUCGUGCGUCGCUUCCAAGAGGGAAGCCCCCCACGCGUUGCGCGCUGAGAUCGCCGGUAGAAACUCGAGUGUGCACGUGCGACAGGCUAUAAAUGUGUGUGUUCGUGCACGAUACAGCCCCGGACUCCCUCCUCAACAGUUGCUGCCGGAGCGGCGGAGAGGAGCGGUGGAGAGCGAGAGAGACAGCAGACUGAGGACGGACGCGGCGCUCUGCCCGGCUCUGCUCCUGACAUGCACUCGAUCAUCUCUCCGGUGACCAAGGCCAUCCUAGUAGCACUCUUCAUCUUCGCGAUACUCCUCAUCCUCUAUGUAAUCCUUUGGUACAUUUGCAGAGACGUGGACUGCGACCACGGAAUUUGAAGAUAUUCCAAACGGCAAUACCGGGAAUUUCUUAAUGGGGCGCACAGAACAGCCCAGGGUCAUCCCGAGGGAAGCGAGGAUGGACGACUUCAUAUUGGAACGUAUCCCAUAGACGGAACUGCUCUUUCUACCCGGAGCUGUUCCUCCACUGCACUGCUCACCCAGUGACAGCUCCAGGCAGAGAUGUUAUCCGCUAUCCGGUGUUAUCUUCUACCAAUUAUCAAACUUUACCUGCUUGCUUUGAAGGUCCUGCUGGUUCAGCUGCUCAUCAGACCUUUCAGGCUGCCAGUGAUGCCCAGACAAGAUGGCAAGGUUGCCAUAGUGACAGGAGGAGGCAGGGGAAUCGGCUAUGAGGUAGUCCGCCACAUGGCCAGGCUGGGGGCGCAUGUUAUCAUAG